AUGCAAACGAUGUUGGCCAUUGACAUUGAGCCCAGUAGGCCCGAGCUCGAGGUCGAGAAAGAAAGGAUGAUCUGCGUCGACGAUGAGCCUGCUGAGGAGCUCAUCGUCCAGGCCAAUAUCCAGAGGUUGAAAGACACCAAAGUCAGGCUUCUCCGAGAAAUAGAAGAAACGGAUAAACUACUGGACAUUGAAAAUGCAAGAUACGCCCGUCUUCGAAAUAACAAGAACCCUGCUCUCCGCCUUCCCCACGAAGUCAUGUCCACCAUCUUUACGAUGGUGCACAAUGACCACCGAUAUUCCAACUCACAAAAGGCACAGCAGAAGGCAUUGAAAUUUCUCGUCUCGACUUCACAGGUCUGCGUUUCAUGGCGAGAAAUCAUCUGCCAUACGCCACUCCUUUGGAACGAAAUCGUCAUGAGCUUUCGCCAUGGCUUCACAGGAGAGUCGACGUUGACUUGCCUCAACGCACAUCUCACACGUUCGGGCGAUUGCUACCUGGACAUGGCGUUCAAUUUGGGUGGUAGCUACAUUGGCUACCCAGCCUUUCUAGAGCUUAUCGGCUCCCAUUCGAAGCGUUGGCGUCGCGUCUCCUUUCUGGUCAGCUACGCAAAUGUCAUCGAUUUCUCGAGCGUGCUCGAGCGACUGGAAGCGCCCAACUUGGAACACUUCUCCAUUAACAUUCAACAAACCCAUUGCGGAGGUCCGAAUUCGCCGAGGAUGCCAUACCAGUUCGAUCCCUCGCUUAUCUUUCCUCAUGGCACCCCCAAGCUCACAUUCCUACGUUUGGGAGGUGCUGCUCUGGGUACCAUGCGCCCGAACUGGACCUCGAUGGAGACGCUACAUCUAGAUGGCUGGGAAAGGACGUUCAUGACCCGGGAACAAUUCAAGUGUCUAGUCCAGACCUUGCCCAACCUGACCAAUCUAUCACUGCACAAACUCUGUAUUCGUUAUCCCCGUGACCCCUUCGAGAAACAGUCAGACAUCCUCCUCCCACAACUUCGCUCUCUCCGAAUCCGCGAACCUUAUACCUCGAUGGAUAUGGUCGUACCCACCAUGGUGAUGCCAAAGCUCGAAACCUUACAUCUGCAACGCGUGGAGGCUAUUGGCACCAAGCUCAACCCUUCGGUGAAGCAUCUCAACUUGGAGACUUGCGGUUUUGAAGACCACCAAGUUAUGAAGCUGAUUACCAAUUUUCCCUCCCUAGAAUCGCUGGGGAUAGAUGACUGCCCCUUGGGAAGCUUUUGUAACCAAUUGUGUCCUCCGGAUGGCCAGACAACGAUUGAUCCAGUGCCAUGGCCGCAGCUUACCAGCCUCACCAUUCGUCAGCUAUCGGGGUCGAAUGUGCAUUUCUUCGUUUGGCUGUUGGUCGCACGGAAAGAUUGCAAGGUGCCCGUUGGGAAGGUGCGGAUAGAUCGACGAAGCCGGGGCGCAUUGCGAAGCAAGCAUCGGCUCGACUGGCUAUCGAACGAGAUGGAGAUGGUCGUCGAGAAUUGCGACUACCUCGACCGCUGGCCACCCGGGCUCGGAUACGACGACCCGCAUGAUUUGGAAGAUUAG